ACUCCGCCAGCAGGCUCUCGCUCUGCCAGGGUCCGGGGCUCAGGGACGGCGCGGAGCCCGCGGACCCCUCGCCGGACUCGACCGGGGCUUUCCCCUCCAGAAUGAAGGCCGGUGGUUGCUGGGACACAACAACAGACUGAGCGAAGGUACAGAAAUGUCACUGUCCAGUUCUUCGUCAUCCUUGUGCCCGAUUGGCCACAAAGCAGGAAGUAAACAUCACGUGACCGCGCCAGUCAGCUGACCCGCAGACGUCUAUUCCGAGUCACGACCAGCUGGGAUUAACUCGUCACUCGUUCCCUGCACGUUUAUUCGGCCCGAGCUAGCAAGCUAAGCAGCAGUGAUCAUGGCGCUCAGCGACGCCGACGUUCAGAAGCAGAUCAAGCACAUGAUGGCCUUCAUCGAGCAGGAGGCCAACGAGAAGGCGGAGGAGAUUGACGCUAAGGCCGAGGAGGAGUUCAACAUCGAGAAGGGCCGCCUGGUCCAAACGCAGCGCCUGAAGAUCAUGGAGUACUACGAGAAGAAGGAGAAGCAGAUCGAGCAGCAGAAGAAAAUCCAAAUGUCCAACCUGAUGAACCAGGCCCGCCUCAAGGUCCUGAAGGCCCGCGACGACAUGAUCUCGGACAUGCUCAACGAGGCUCGCCGACGGCUCGCCAACGUGGCGCGCGACCCGGCGAGGUACGGCGCGCUGAUCGACGGCUUGCUUCUGCAGGGUUUGUAUCAGCUGCUGGAGCCCAAAGUGACCGUUCGGUGUCGUAAGCAAGAUGCCCAGUUGGUGCAGGCGUCCAUACAGAGGAACUUGCCCAUUUACAAGGCGUCCGUCAAGAACAGCGUGGAGGUCCGCAUCGACCAGGACAACUUCCUGGCUCCCGACAUCUCCGGUGGCAUCGAACUCUACAACGGCGACGGCAAGAUCAAAGUGGCCAACACCCUGGAGAGCAGACUGGACCUCCUGGCUCAGCAGAUGAUGCCCGACAUCCGAGUGGCGCUUUUCGGCGCCAACCCCAACCGCAAGUUCAUGGACUGAGAAGCCCCCCCACCGCCCCCACCCCGUCCCCUCCUUUCUGUAUUAUUUUCAUUUUCUGUUGUUUUUGGUUACAUUCCUUCGCUAAAGGGCGGUGGCGCUUUGUCGUCGUUGUCAUUAUGAUUUUAUUGUGUUUGUGUGUGACGUGGCGCCACCGCCUCGUCGUCACGGCAUAUUUAUGACGUGACGACGGGACGCGGUUACUUGCUGGAUCGUGGAGUACGUUAAGAUGCUGAAAAUGUUAAUUUAUUGUUCCGCCAGAAGGUCCGUUGCCCCCGUGCGUCUGUAUAUGAUUGAAUUACGUGUUUGAACAUGUCAUGUGGUGUGAAACUGUACAAUGCGAUAAUAAAAUACGUGAAUGGCGGUGGUCAGUACACACACAACA